AUGGCCGAUACGUCUUUCAAUGAUACAGCACAACGACAUCCGAACCUGAAUCUCACGCCGGAGGAAAAGCGCGUCUUCUAUCAGCUCUUCCAGGCCGCAGACACCACGAACCUCGGCGUCAUCACCGGUGAAAUUGCAGUUCCGUUUUUCGAGAAGACGAAGCUUCCGUCAGGUACCCUUGGAGAGAUAUGGCAGCUUGCGGACAAAGAGAACAGGGGUCUUCUUACCCCGUCCGGCUUUGGCAUUGUGCUGCGAUUAAUUGGACAUGCACAAGCCGGACGCCAGCCGUCCGAUGAAUUGGCUUUGCAGCCUGGCCCUUUGCCUCGAUUCGAAGGCGUCUCGGUAGAUGUCAACGCUCCUAUACCAGAGUCAGGCACAAUUAGCCCUCCACCGGGCGCUGGUACUCCCAUUCGCGUGCCACCCCUGCAGCCCGAUGAUGCUCAGAAAUUCCUAUCUCUGUUCGAGAAAUCGGACGUCCAGAACGGAAUUCUUUCGGGCGAGACCGCUAAACAGAUCUUUGAGCGGGCUAGAUUGCCGAAUGAGGUGCUUGGUCGGAUUUGGUUUCUUUCAGAUACCAAGCAGCGCGGAGCUCUGGAUGCCACAGAGUUCAUCAUUGCUAUGCAUCUUCUGACCUCCUAUAAGUCGGGUGCUCUACGCGGCAUUCCCCAGACACUGCCACCUGGUCUAUAUGAAGCUGCAGCCCGCCGAGGCGGUGGUCGGGGAUCCUUUGGAUCGCGCGCCGAUGUCCCUCCUGUACCGGCAAUUCCUCGACAGUUCACUGGCCCCCAGCGUACUGCCAGCCCUAUGAGCCCCACUAGUCGGGCUCAGUUCGGCGGCCAUCUAUCAGCCCAGAGUACUGGCGAUUGGCUGGUCACGUCCCAGGAGAAGGCGCAUUUUGAUACCAUUUUCGAGACUGUCGACACAGCCAAGGUCGGUGUAAUUACAGGUGAUCAGGCUGUUGCCUUCUUUAUGAAGGCUCAAUUGCCCGAAGAGGUUCUCGCGCAAAUCUGGGAUCUUGCUGAUAUUGAUGCCGACGGCCAAUUGACUCGCGAGGAGUUCGCUGUUGCCAUGUACCUCGUGCGGAUCCAGCGCAGCGGAAAGGAAACUCUGCCGCAGGUGCUUCCUCCGGCGUUGAUCCCGCCGAACAUGCGUCGCCAGGCUACUGUCCCAGCUGUUGCGCCGGUCCCAGCCCCUCCGCCUCCUGCGCCUCCCGCGCCUGCUCCUGUGCCACGAUCUGCCGCGGACGAUCUUUUCGGUCUUGACUCGCCUCCGAUGGCACCGACCCAGCUGCCUCAGCCCACUGGCGGAUCCAACGCUGCAUUCCAAGCUCCUGGCUCGCCUGUUUCUAGACUUUCACCGCAGCCGACAUCUUCGAUUUUCAAGCCCUUCGUGCCUUCAUCGUCCUUUGGACAGAGCCUGCAGCCCCAACGGACCGGUGCAUCCAUGGACAAUGAUCCUGAAGAAUCGAGCAAGCUUACGAAUGAGAGCACUGAACUCGCAAACUUGUCUAACCAGAUUGGCUCUUUGGCUAAGGAGAUGGGCAAUGUGCAGGAGAAGCGCACGACCGCUGAGCAGGGUAUCUCGCAGACCUCGCAGCAGAAGCGUGAUUUCGAGGCCCGUCUUGCACAAGCCCGUACCAUGUAUGAGCAGGAGGUGGCCAACUUCAAGGCACUUGAAGAGCGCCUGAGAACUUCCAAGGCCGAGACUGCGAAGUUGCAGCAGGAGUAUGCGUUGAUUGAGGGUAGUCGCCAGGAUCUGCAGAACCAGUAUAACCAAGUUGCAACGGCACUGGCUGCUGAUCAGCAAGAGAACGUCAGCCUGAAGGAGAAGCUUCGCCAGGCGAAUGCUGAGGUUGCUCAGCUCAAGCCCGCACUCGAGAAGGCGCGCUCCGAAGCUCGUCAGCAGAAGGGUCUUGUUGCUAUCAACAAGAAGCAGCUUGCUGCAGUCGAGGGCGAGCGGGACAAGGUUCAGAGCGAGAUCGACAGCCUUGCCUAUGAGUCUCCUCAGUAUACUCAGGAAUCUGCGACUCCUGUCAGCGCUGCCGAGGUCACCAGCCCUGCUGCUUCUACGGCCAGCCACAACACAAACCCCUUCUUCCGGCAAAACACGGGCACCCCGAGUGAGCACGCACGCUCCCCCGAGCCUCCUACUGAUCAGCAAAAGGCGUUUGACAGCCUGUUCGGCCAGUCUUUCGUAGGUGGAACCCACGGCGCCCCGCCAACUUCGUUCCGUGCCGAAUCGCCCGUUACGUCCAAUGUCCCAACGCCAACCGUCUCGCCGCCCCCCGGAAACCUCCCUGGUGCUUUCCCUGGCCUGGCGUCUGAGAUUCCGCCGCCCAGCCAGUCCCGCCAGCUUACACCGAAUUUUCUUCCCUUCAAUGAAACCCAGUCCGUGACCUCCUCCACGAUGGUCUCACCCCCGGGUAGCAGAUUCGGUGGGCCUGAGACCUCUGAGUUUGAUGUUCCCUCCCAAGCCAAUACCAGUGAUGCCGGUGCGCUGUCCGUGAGCGCAUCAAGUGAGUAUAGCCAAGCUCCAGCGGGAAACUCUUUCGAAAGUACCCCAGUACGAUCUCCAUUUGAAGAGAUUCCAGAGCCCACUCCUGUUGUAGCCGAAAGAGCUGUCUCCCCCACUCACGAGAACCAGGAGACUGCCAAAGACCUUUCAUUUGACGAGCUUUUCGGUAGCAAAGCUCACAAGCGGUCGGAAUCCCAGAAGGAAAACGACUUCGAAGAAGCAUUUGCGACUUUGAAGCAGCCUGGACCUGAACACGCUGUUGCAGCACCCGCUUCGGAAUUCCCUCCCAUCCAGGAAGUCCAUGACAACGAAGAAGAGGAAAGCUCGGAUGACGAGGUCCCGCUUGGGUUUGAUGAUGAUUUCACCCAAGUCUCGCCUUCCACUACCAAGAAGGAUAAGCAGCCUGAGUCACUCGAUGCUGCCCAGCUUGCUGCCUUCCCGACCCCAGGAUCGUCUGUGCCCCAGCCACCGGCCCCCGAUGCUCAACCAAGCCCUCCCAAGUAUGAGGCUGUCACUUCUGGAGAGACUAGCCACGCGGCUCCAGAAUUCAGCGGCCUUCUCCCCGAGCGAUCAGAUCCAACUGUUGCUCCAGAUGCUCCCCACGCUGUGGAAUCAGGAACUGGAGCCCCAAUUAUUAAUAAUGUGCCCCAGUAUGAUGAUGCUUCCAUGGCUGCUACUGCUGCAGCAUCAAACACUGGAUCCAAGAGUGGCCCUGAUUUCGAGGCAGCCUUUGCUAGCUUCAACCUUGCGCCUGCGCCGGAGGUGGAGGAUGACGAUGAUGAUGAGGAAGAACCCGCGGGUCAAGCUCCCAAGAACGCUCCCGACUUUGACUUCUCCUUCGAUUCACCUUCUCAAAAGAACACCGCUUCCUCCAGCAUAGAUGCUAGUCAUGCAGGCUCAUCUGAAUACUUCUCUUUUGACAACCCCCAUGCGCCCACCGCUCAGACCACCGCUUCACCGAAGGGGGCUGACACCAAAGCCGGAGACCAUGACUGGGAUACCCUUUUCGCACCCCUUCAAGGCGCCAAGCCCGCUACCGGCGAAGAGCCCUCCAAUGGAUCCGACCCCAAGGCACCUGGAUGGGCUCUCGCCACCGACACGGGCGAAGACGACUUGAUCCUGCAACGACUCACUGGUAUGGGAUUCCCUCGCAACGAUUCGCUUGCAGCUCUGGAAAAAUUCGACUAUAACAUCGACAAGGCGGCCGACUACCUGACCAACAAGUCAUGA